CACUAAAACAAUGCCCCUUUCUUUUUCUAGCACUAGUGUUAGGAAGUCAAAUGUUUUAAUGUCGCAGGAGUAUUGAAAAGACUAAAAUGACCUUCAUUUUUUUUCGUAGAUCUAAAAACCGCGCAGCCUCUUUCCAUUCAAGACGUUCGGAUCCCUAAAGUCACGGCAUUUCCUUCGAAGGUCUCUUCUUGUAGAAGGUAAUUCACCUUGAAUUUUGGAAGGAAAUAGGAUGCGGCUGUCAAGUGCGUGUUUAAACCCUAAAUUGAGUAAACGCAGAGGGAGAGAAUUGAGAAACAAAGACCAAAACGCAGGAGAGGUUGCGGCGACGAAGACAGUGAGAAGUGAUAGUGAGUCGCCGAUUGUGAUGUCGGCGAGGAAGACGACGAUGGCUGCUGGAGUUGCUAUUAACAACAACACCGAGAUUGUUGGCGAAGAGGGCAGUGAAAUUACUGUGAAAUGCGUUUCUGGGAAGGAAUACCGAAGGAUGUGCAGAGAAGACAUCUUGGCUUCCAAGACAAACGUCAAAGCUAAUUGUUAUUGCAAUUUGUUGAGUGGGGUCGAGAAGCUACGACGAACAUUGUCAAAAUCGGAGUUGGAGGCUUUGGGCAAGACGCCCUUUGGUCAUUUGCUUGAUGUUGGCAAUCUUAAAUGGGUUAAUGGACAGCUCCUAAUACUUUUAGCGUUGAACUACGUUGAACCUAUAGAGCCAGAUAGUGAUGCAAUAUCUUUCCACAUCCGUGAUAGGGUGGUCAGUUUUAAGAAUACUGAUUUUGCUCUGAUUACGGGUUUCAAAUUUGGAUGUCCAGCUGAACAAGAGAGGGAGUACACUAGCACUUCAGACAUCAGUAGCAGAUAUUUUGGGGGUAGAAGUGUUGUGACACGUGAUGAAGUGCGGGUGGUCUUAGAGGGUCUAAAGGACAACAAGAGAAAAAGAGAGAUGGAUGGCGUGAAGAUAGGAGUCCUUUACCUUCUGGGCAGUCACAUAGUUGGAAACCAACUCUCCAUGAAACUGCCACCACUUUAUUUGCAUUUGAUAGAUGACUUGUCCCGUUUCAACGCGUGUCCUUGGGGCGAUGAGAUUUGGGAUCUUUUGGUUGAGGACAUGGCAAAGUGUUCAUCGACUUUGAGGACAAGUAAAAAGGACCGGUUCACAUUCCCGGGAUUUUUAAUGGCUUUGCAGAUUUGGGCAUUUGAGACAUUCCCAGGACUGGAGAAAAGGGAAGUGUGCGAGAUGAUAGAGAGUCGGAGAGGCCAAUGGCCGCGUGCUUUACGAUGGGCAGAACCAACACUGACAAAUCACAUAGUGUUGGAGGAAGUGAUCUUCAGUAAUGAUAAGUUUGAAUGGAUUGGCAUGAAGGCAACUGCCUUGGAGAUUGGGAAAGAGAAUGUUAAGUGUCUCUUUUUAAAUACCCCAAUGAUUGAAGGAGAUGGAAGCCUUAAGGUACUGCAAGUGUGUGAUCAAGGGGCCAAUGCCAGGAGUCUUGAAGGCCCGCCUAGUAAUGAGCAUUGUGGACAAGAAGAGGGGAGGAUCCUUGCGGAAGGAAAGAAUACAUUUCAUUGGGGAGUUGCUUGUGAUAAUGGAGGAGAAGCCCGGAGUACUAAGCAUGUUGGUAAGAAGCGUAAACCCAACGUAAGGACCCCGAGUCAAGGCAAAAAAGGGAAAAAGAGGACAUGUGGCAAGAAAGGUGAUGACAAGGCAAGGAAAGGGGAUAAUGAAGAGUUGUUGGAAAAAGUCACAAAACUGGAGGAGAUGGUUACUGGUCUAGUGGCAGCAAAUGUGUUGGAUCGCAAAUUGCUUGUGAGCUUGCGUGGGAAAGUGAAGGGAAUGCAAAGAGCACAUGAGAGGCAUGCAGUUCUGAUGGAGAGAUGCUUGAAGAAGUGUGGUUUAAUACGUAGGAGGAAGAAAGGAAUUAAAAAGAGCAGACAACAUGCUGAAGAUGGUCCUAGCUUUGACCUAGGCAUUGAGCAUGGAGGUAAUGAGGAUUCAGCAGCUGAUCAAGAAGAAGGUAGUGAGGACAAUGUAAAUUUAGGUGCAUCUAAUUAUGAGAUAGAAAACCCUACCCAACUUAAUGACUUGGAUGACACGAUUAAUUCUAUUAAUACACAAAUUCUUUUGGAACGUCGUGCUGUCAUGGUACGCAAUAUUGUGCGUGACAAUGUGGGGAGUGUUGGAGAUUAUAGCGCGGAAGAGCCUGUGGAGAAUCAUGUGGAGAAGAUUGCUAGUGAAGACAUGAGAUCUGGGGAUUCCAAUGUGCCUAUCGCUAUCCUAGCUGAAAAGGAGGGGAUUCAGAUUCUUGAUAAUGGCGGCAGUCUACAAGGUAAUGCCGUGGGGAUGAGUGUGGGAAGGAACGGAGUCACACCUACACAGCUGAUAUGUGAUGAGGAACUGUGCCUCGGUCCUUUCACCAAGGAGCCGAUGGAACUUCCUGAGGUAGGGGUGUUAGAGAGGGUUGACACCUUCAUGCAUAAGGGUCUGCUGAAAAAGCCAAAGAACCCUGGACGGAGAUACACUGCUACAGAUGAAAAGCUCAGUGCAGAUGCUAUAAUGGCGCUUGAUGAUGAGGAGGACACCUUGAGCAAAACAUGGUAUUACAACCUCUAUUUCCCUGAUGGGUGCCUAUCAAACCUGCAUAUGAGUGUGGCAUUUUAUUUUCUGCGGAAGAAAGCCACCGAUUUUGGUCUGGAGCAGAAGUUUGCAACUACAAGCCCAGCAUUUGUUGAGUUAUUGUGUGUGUUAUAUGAGCGUGUUUUGAAAAGAGAGAUUACAGAUUUUGAUGCAGCACAGAAUACAGACAUAUUGAACACCAUCAAAGGAAAUAAUAUGGAGUAUGGGCGUGCGUGGUCCGAGGCGGAUUUUGUGUACAUGCCACUGAACACAGGAUCCGAAUGGGUACUGCUUGUGGUUGACAUACGUGGAAAACUCAUCCGGGUUUACGACACGAAUGUUUACAGAGGGGGUUUCUUGAAGAAAUUGCACCCAUUUUUGCCGUCUUUGCAGAUCUUUCUGCCAGUUUUAAUGGGUAAGUUGGCGGUAUAUAAGGACAGUACGGAUAGCAAAGAAUCUCACACUGCGUUUCCAGUUGAACCUAUCUUGGAGUGUCCGCAAAAAAAGGACGGGUAAAACUUUUAUACCUUGAUAUUGUUUUUUUUGGGUGUUACUGUUGUCCGUUAAGUAGCAAAGUUUACUUAAAAACUAUUUGAAGGAUAGAUGAAUUUAUAAGUGCAUUUUACUUUUUUUAUAACAGACCAAGCUCCGGAAUUUUUGUGACGAAAAUGGCAGAGCUGCUGAUGAUGGGGAGAGGAGUGAUUGAAAUCGAGCCAGGACAGAUAAAUACAUAUCGGAAGAAAAUUACUGCGGACCU